CGUGCUCUCUCUAUAAAUACGCGGACUCCGCUUUCAGGAGUUCAGUUUAGCGCAGUAUCUGAAGCUCACUGCCACCUCGCAUCCCGCAACAAAAACACACACAACACAAUAUGUCUCUGGAACGCCAAGUCCGCGCCAAGCUCGCUUCUAAGCGCAACCCUGAGCAGGAGAAGGAAUGCCAGCAGUGGAUUGAGGGCGUCCUCGGCGCCAAGUUCCCUCCCAAUGAGGUCUUCGAAGAAGUCCUCAAGGACGGCACUGUCCUCUGCCAGCUCAUCAACAAACUGAAGCCUGGAUCCGUACCCAAAAUCAACACCUCCGGUGGACAGUUCAAGAUGAUGGAGAACAUCACAAACUUCCAGGCCGCAAUCAAAGCAUAUGGCGUCCCUGACAUCGACGUGUUCCAGACCGUAGACCUGUGGGAGAAAAAGGACAUUGCCCAAGUCGUCAGCACACUCUUUGCUUUGGGCCGUGAGACCUACAGGCAUCCGGAAUGGAACGGCCCCUACCUCGGCCCCAAGCCCGCUGAUGAGUGCAAGCGUGACUUCUCUGAGGAGGUCCUGAAGGCCGGCCAGACUGUGAUCGGUCUGCAAGCUGGCUCCAACAAGGGCGCCACCCAGGCCGGCCAGAACCUCGGCGCUGGCCGCAAGAUCCUCCUCGGCAAGUGAACAUCUCUCCACAACACUGUACUAAGUGAUAUUAUUUAAUAAGAUAUUUUUGUACAAAACUGUGUGCGGACGCUAUUGAGACCGCAGUUAUCUGCGAAUCUCAGCGGAACUGAUGCUUCAGUCUCGUGUGAGGUGGUAUGUCUAGUCAUUGUGUAUCUGUAUUAUUUAUUUAUUACAUGUAUACCUUAUUUAAUUACAAUUUUCGUUUAUCUUUAUAGUACGAUUGCCAUCGGAAACACGUCGAACCUUCGGGUUCUUUUUGGACCAUGUAGCGCAAAUGAUUUUGUACAUAAGUGUUAAGUAUAAGUAAAUAUAUCUAUUUAUUUCCAUUUAUAAUUUUUAUAAUAAAAUAAUUAUACUCAAA